AUGCGCCAGCUCACAGAAGACGAAACCAAAACCCUCUUCUCCAAACUCGCCAACUACACCGGCCGCUCGCUCAACGCCCUGGUCACCUCCGUCGAUGAUCCUUCCUCCAACGACCGCUAUGUCUUCCGUCUUCACGGCAGCCGAGUCUACUACAUGCGCUUGUCACUAGCGAACCUGGCGACCUCAAUCCCGCGCGCUAAUUUGCUCUCGCUGGGCAUCUGCGUCGGCAAGUUCACGAAGACCGGGAAGUUCAGGAUCCAUGUGACCGCGCUGGAGGUGAUUGCGCCGCAUGCGAGGUAUAAGGUGUGGAUCAAGCAGAACGGGGAGAUGCCGUUUAUGUAUGGGGGGAAUGUUGUCAAGGCGCAUAUUGGACGGUGGAGUGAGGAUUGUCCGGAGCAUCAGGGGGUUGUGGUGUUUAAUAUGGAUGAUACCCCUUUGGGCUUUGGCGUUACGGCUCGAUCGACUGCUGAGACUCGGAAGUUGGACCCAACGGCCAUCACAGUUUUCAGACAGGCGGAUAUUGGUGAAUACCUGAGAGAGGAAGAUACCCUCUUCACGACUUAA